AUGUCUAGCCCAGGAAUGCUCUAUGUUACUAUGCAGCCCAAGCCAGGCUUGCCCAUCCAGCAAUUUCAUGAGUGGUACAACAACGAACACGGCCCAACCCGGCUUCGGCUGCCCCAGAUCUUUGGCAACGGGCUCCGUUACCAAGCGACCGAUGGGAAGGAGCCUUCAUAUCUCGCCGCUUACGACGUGACAUCAAUGUCGCAUCUGGUGACAGAGACAUACACCAGUCUUCGAGCCAACAGAUCCCCUCGCGAAGCCGAGACCAUUGGACAGGUGGAAGUGAAGCGGUAUUUCUGGGAUCUGGUGUCGACCUAUCAAUCGCCACUCUUCAUUCCAGUUGAGCAGUUGACAGACGACGAGGGCGAAGGAAUUGUCUUCGUCGCCGUUGAACUGAAGCCUACAGAGGCAGACGGCGCAGAGGCUGAGAUCAAGAAGUGGUACGACGAGGAGCACGCAGCUAUGCUGUCAAAGGUCCCUGGCUGGCUACGAACACGCCUAUUCAGAACAUCAACUCUAGAGUCCGGUGUGCCUACUUCGAUCAUCGCGCUUCAUGAGUAUGCGAAGGACAACGGGAUGGGCGGCCCCGAGCACAAGGCUUGCCUGACCCCGAGAAGGGAUGAGGUGUUCGGAAAGUAUGCCACACUGGCGUCUUGGAGAGAAUACUCGCUUUUCUACAUCUUUGGCCCGGCGCCGCGCGACUUGCUCAACCUUUCCCAGCUCCCAUCAGCUUCGUCGACCUUCAAGGCAGCAGAUGCCAAAACAGUGACUUCGAACACCCCCGCGCCCACCAUCACAUCCUAUGUCACUACUCCGGACGGGCUUUCUAUCCCGUACAGACUGGAAGGCAACCCGGACCCCAAAGCCCCCACCAUCGCCUUCUGCAACUCGCUACUCACCUCGUUGCAUAUGUGGGAUCCUCUUGUCGACAUCCUCAAGCAGAAGCGGCCCAAGUAUCGCAUACUUCGCUACGACACCCGCGGUCGGCACUCGGUGCCGUCACCUCCCAAGCCUGCCACCUUGGAUAUGCUGGCGGAUGACUUGAGCCAUGUGCUCGAAGCCCUACGAAUCCCAAAGCUUGGCAUACUGAUAGGUGUCUCCAUAGGUGGCGCAACGACCUUGGAAUUCGCACUGAAGUAUCCGAGCAAGCUGGAGAAGUUCAUAGCAUGCGAUUUCAACGCCGCGUCCAGCCCGGCGAACACAAGCGCCUGGAAAGACCGGAUUGUCGUUGCGGAAACACCCCUUGAUGACGGCGCCCCUGGCAUCAAGAAGCUGGCAGGACAGACAGUGGAACGAUGGUUCCACCCGGCCACCAUGCAGAAGAAACAGGACACGGUCCAAUGGAUGACGGAUAUGGUGGCUGGCAACGACGUCGAGGGCUUCAAGUACAGCUGCCAGGCGCUGUGGGACUACGACAUGAAGGCCCAACUGAAGGAUUGUGAGGUUCCCGGGCUGCUGGUCGUUGGCGAGGGAGAUGGAAAGGGCGCUUUGGUCAAGGCGAUGGAUGGGUUUAGGGGGGCGGUGGGGGAAGAGGGGGUGAACCUCGUGGUCGUACCCGAGGCCGGUCAUUUGCCAAUGUGUGAAGAGCCCGAGGGCUUUUGGAAUGCCGUGGAUAACUUCUUGUAG